UAUAACCUGUCACAUGGUUUUCAAUAAAGUUGUUAAAUAUGAAAACUUUUGUAGAUACAAUAUAUAUUAAUGAUUUAUAUUUUGAAGCACUUAAUAUUUUUUUUAAACAUUACUUUUUGAAAAAGUGGAAAGAGUAUAAUCAUUAACGAUUUAAAACUAAUCACCCUUAAUUAAUGGGCUUCACAUGUCUUUACCAAAUUCCUAAGCUUUUUCUGGAGCUAAAAAAAUUAACAUACAUGCAAAAAUCAAGGUCUUCUUCCUUUUCUCGAGAAACUUAGUUGCAGGUGUAUUUAUAAAGAGUUAAAAAAACGGAGCUUUCUUGUUUGGUUCCGUCUGACUUUUCCAGAUCCCUCUCUCUUCUGAGACGUGUCUGAAACUUUUCAAGAAAUAAUAGUAUUCGUCUUCGUUUAUUAUAUAUAAAUAUAUGAAAUAUAUAUAUAUAUAUCUUCGUUUAAGAGUGAUACUCGGUUUAAACUUCAAAGAUUUAAAUCAGAUAAUCUCAAAAGUCCAUUAACUAACAUCGAUGGAUAACGUGACAUUCUCAACUUCGUUUUAGCUCUGUUUUAUUUUGUCUUAAAAUCAAGUUUCUGUGGAGUGAUGAAAAUGGUAGAUAAAACUGAUGAAGAAAAGCAUUUUUCUUGGUGUUAUUUUCCUUUACAUCUGCCAUUGCUGUUUGUUUUUGUAACAGUAAUUCCAUUUGUAGCUUUCCUCUGUUUCUUAAGCUUUUAUGGUUUCUCCUCUCUCCUAGUGACCAUGGCAAUCUUGUUCAUCUCUACUUUUGUUUUCCUUCUGAGAUUUUUCAAGAAAAAAACAAGAGACUAUUUGGUUGAUCUAUCUCAAAAUGAAGUCGAUGCUAGUGUUGAUGCUGUUGCUAAUGAUAAUUAUGAUAUUGAGGAGGAGGAUGAAGAUGGUCUCAUUGAGAUUCUUCUUGUGAGUGAAGAAGCAGAGACUAUAGGGGCAAUGAGGAACAUUAAUCAGAGUCGACAGAGAAUUAGGGUUGAUGAAGAUGAACAAGAAGAGAUAGAUGAUGUGAUUAUGGAAGAAGAUAAUCUUAUUGAGAUUGAUAUUUCCAUUGGAUCUAUUAAAAGACGAAGUAAAUGAAAGUUUACAAUAUUUGUUUUUGUUUUUUCCUCAAAUGUACAAA